CUAUCUCCAGGCUGUCAAAACUAUUUUGAAAUCCGCUCUCGUACUUGACACGUACUGUGAUGCUUGCUUGCAUGAUGCUAUGUGGCAUUGUGCUGCAAUGUCACGAAGGAACUUCGUUGCAGUUGGCCCCAAUAGCAGAAAAAUUGGCAUAGUAACUUCAUCGUACAAAAGAUUUGUGCGAAAAUGCCGUAAGAAGUUCGACCUGCAGGAGGAAGACAUUUACUUCACCUUGGAUGAUGAUACUGAAGUUGAUGAAGAAUAUUUUGAAGUUCUUGAGAAUGGAACUAAUCUAUACUUAAAAUCUCGAGAGAAAAAAGAAAAACCUUCAUAUUCUCUUUAUCAGCUGGCAGAAUUUCUUCACAAAUGCCUUUUAAAUCAGCCUAAUUUACACGAAAAAGUUACAGAAUAUCUUCAGAAACCGGAACAGUCAGCAGUGGUUUUAAGUCUAUUAGCUCGAGUUGCUGAAUCGUCAUGCUCACCAUCAAAAAAGGAAGAUGACUUGGACUGGUUUAAAGGUUUAAAUACCAAGUUUACAACCAAAGAAUCAGUGAUGAGGAACAGUGCUGAGACAAGAAUGAGAGGUUAUCUGGAACAAGUAAAGAAAAUAUUACUGGCAGGAAAUAUCCGCACUGAUUCACCUUGCAGAAAUGCUGUAAAUUUUUUUAAAGAGCAUUUAUCUAAAUCCAGGUACAAUGCCGACUACUUUGACCGUUCAGCUGCUUCUGAGGCACGUCUCUGUGAUACUAAUGGUUUGUUUGAAUGUGAGGGCCUGUAUAAUGAGCCAGCAUGCAAAGACAAUCACAUUAUCAACCCAUACAACACUAGAGAAGCACGCAUUGUCUUUUCUACAUGGAAUUUGGAUCACGUAGAUUUCUGCUAAAAGAAAAUGAAAAACCUGAAAGACUAUUAUAGAAAAGAACUUAAGAAAUUGGAAAACCCCAGAUCUGGUGAUGGAGCUUCUGAAAUGGUUCCUAGUACAUGGCCCUACUCCACUCAGUUGUCAUUUUUGAAAGACAUUUAUCGGCCAGCAUCUAGGAGCUUCAAUUUGAGCCAAGAAGAAAAUACUCAAGUAGUUGAAGAUGACCAGUCUGUAGCUGGUGAUGACAUUGAAUCGGAUGCAAGUCAUGUUUCUCAGUCGUUUACGUCGCAUACUUCUAGGCCACCAUCUCCAUCUCUUUCCCUUGACAACGGGUCAACAUCUCAAGAUACUAGUUGGCGAACAAAACCUUCACCUCUAAUAAGCGACAAAGACCAAAUCUAGAUUACGUGGCAAGAAAAAAUGAGCAACUAAUUGAAAUUGAAAAACAGAAGUUGGAAUUAUUAAGAAAGGAUCAGGAAGAGUCUGAUAAUGACGAUUUGCUUUUCUUCAAAAGUUUGCUACCUUACACGAAGAAACUAAAUCCUACAAAGAAGCUCCGCAUAAGAUCACAGAUACAAAACCUCUUCUUAAAAGAAAUGGAAGAAGUAGAACAGAACGAGUGGCCCUCCAAUGUGACCAUCGGUGCCAGGCAGUCGACUCCCAAUCCCUACAUAAACUUACAGGAGCCGACUAUUUUGCACUCACAAAUAAGCCCUGUUCAGCCCCCAUAGACUUGUUAUCUAUACAAAUUCUAAGUAUAGUAUCACCAAUUUAUGAAGUUUUCGUGCUACUUUGUACUUGUUUCAUAAAUUAAUAUCAACAAUGAAUGAAAAAGCAAAAUUAUUUUUCCUUGUGUAGGCCUAUGUUACUUUCUUUUAUGUAAGUUUACCAUUUAGCUACUUUUUUUUAAAUACUGGUACAUUGUUUUA